AACGCCCGAGCUGAACAGCACCGAGGACAGCGCCCGGCAGCGCCCCAGCCCUGCUCUUCUUGGCAGACCAGAAUCUUUCUCGCACGCACACGCGCACACACACGCAUACACACACACUCGUUUACCCCUCACGCGGACUGACACACUCACACAGAGAGAUACAUACUCCGCUGUACAAUGGCAGAAUCCCACCUGCAAUCAAGCCUGAUCACAGCCUCACAGUUUUUCGAGAUCUGGCUUCAUUACGACGCUGACGGAAGUGGUUACCUGGAAGGAAAGGAGCUGCAGAACUUGAUUCAGGAGCUCCAGCAGGCGCGGAAGAAGGCUGGAUUGGAGUUAUCGCCUGAGAUGAAAACUUUUGUGGAUCAGUAUGGUCAGAGAGAUGAUGGAAAAAUAGGAAUUGUAGAGCUGGCUCAUGUAUUACCCACAGAAGAGAACUUCCUGCUGCUCUUCAGAUGCCAGCAGCUGAAGUCCUGUGAGGAAUUCAUGAAGACAUGGAGAAAAUAUGACACUGAUCACAGUGGCUUCAUUGAAACUGAGGAGCUCAAGAACUUUCUAAAGGACCUGCUGGAGAAAGCUAACAAGACUGUUGAUGAUACAAAACUAGCUGAGUAUACAGACUUAAUGCUGAAAUUAUUUGAUUCAAAUAAUGACGGCAAGCUGGAGUUAACUGAGAUGGCCAGAUUAUUACCAGUGCAGGAGAAUUUUCUUCUUAAAUUUCAGGGAAUCAAAAUGUGUGGGAAAGAGUUCAAUAAGGCUUUUGAGUUAUAUGAUCAGGAUGGCAAUGGAUACAUAGAUGAAAAUGAACUGGAUGCUUUGCUGAAGGAUCUGUGUGAGAAGAAUAAACAGGAUCUGGAUAUUAAUAAUAUUCCAACAUACAAGAAGAGCAUAAUGGCUUUGUCAGAUGGAGGGAAGCUGUAUCGAACGGAUCUGGCUCUUAUUCUCUCUGCUGGGGACAACUAGAGCUGGUGACUAUGACCAUUUACUAGCGAUACGUUGUAUCUAUAAAAUAACUGUGCACUAUAAGGGAGUAGGCUGUAUUUUCUUUUAUAUCUGUAAAUUUAACUGCAUAUAGGUAAUUAUCCAGGAUGUGUGGCACAUUCUUUUCAGCUUGUUUCUAUACUGUUUGUAAUGUACAGAUUUUGUAACUAUAUGAUGAAGAGGAGAAUGAAGAUGCUUAGACCUGUCAGUAUACCAGUUACAAAAAAGUAACCUAUUAUUGCUUUCAGAAAUGUAGUUGGACAAGAUUUCCUUAAAAUACCAAGAUUAUUCUCUAAAAUUCUUAUCUCUAAUGCGUAAAAACACAUUUGUCACUAAAUGAGAGAAUUACACUAAACAAACUAAGCCUUCUUAUUUCAGACAAUCAUAGGUCUGUCCCACAAAAUAUUUCUCAGCUGGAUUUCCAAUUAUCAGAAGGAAUGUGCUUUUACAUCUAAAAUACCAAAACGUCAAUCAAUAGUUAGUUAAUCGUGGUUCUAUAAAGUUAACAGUCUCACUAGACAAGAUUUAGUUUAUUAAUCAGCAACACAUCUAGCGCUUGAAUCCUAUACCCAGCUAUUGGUUCAAGUUGAUCUGGUGAUAAGGGAAGGCAAUACCAGACGACACACAAUCUGUCUGAUUCUAUAUCUGUAUUUCCAAUAAGCCUACUGUCAGAGUAUGACCUUAAUCCAUUUUCUAAACUGUUUUCAUGUGUUGCCGAUUAUAAUUAUUCUAGUAAACUGCAGUUUUUAUGUCAUAUUCUGUGUAAUCUCUGAUUAAAUUUAACAUACU